GAUGAUCACCUGCGCCGGAGCAGCCGCGGUUAUAGAGAUACUACCAGCUGCCCGCACUCAUAACACACGCACACCACAACACACAUACACACACACAAGCAGGGGUUGAUGUUGCUGCUGCUUCUCUUGCUUGUUUGAUCGUAGCUGCAGCAACCCUUACGUUCUCAGCGCUCUCGCUCUCCCUCUAAGAGUGGGGAGAUGCGUUGCGCAUCGCCGGAUGAUCAUUUCAUUGUCUCUCUCGCUCGUGUGUAUGUGUGUUUGUUUGUGCGUUGUUUGUUUGUUUGUGUGCGUGAAAUAAGAGGGCUACGGAGGCCCCCCCAAAGGUGAGCCGAUGUAACGCAAUCAUCAUCAUCGCCAGCAGCAGCAACAGAGUGCCUUCGGUGUCGGUGUCGGUGGUGUGCCCAGUAACAACCGAGUGCUGCUCCCGGUGUCCGUGUUCCGUUUACCUUGCCCGUACCACCAAAACAGUGUGUUUUCGUUGCUCGUGAAAAUAGCAAACCUUCGCAACAACGCAACAUAAAAGGCUUUCUUUCGGCCCUUGGUGCAAACAUAAACACAAAGGCACUACAAAGGAGCACAACCGCCGUUAGUACCGAGGAGGUGGCGCAGUGGUUUUACGUUGUUUGAGAAUGAAAACGUUCGCUUUCUAGCGAUUCGUUACGGCUGUUUGCUGUUUUGCAAAACGGACCAUUUCUACCAGAAGGUGGAGAAAGUGGGCUGCAAACGUAAGCCGCCUCCACACACUGCGAGCAUCCGAAGCUUUCCACGCAGCGCAACUCCAUCCGGUUAGAGCGAGAAAGGCAGAUCGGUAGUUAUUCCGCGCGGAACACCACGACGACGCAGCGGUUCCGCACUUUCCGCCCGCUGCGGCCUUUCAUUAUUAUUGUUAUUAGUUCGCUUUCGCUCGGUCGUGGAGGAGGUCCGAAAAACGCGGCUGGGCCCACUGGCAAAUUCAUGCAUUUCGCAUCGCGUAACGCCUUCGAGUGGAAACUGCGGGAGUGGUGGUGGUGGUUUGAGUAGUAGCUUUUGCUGGACACGGGUUACCAGCCAUUCCGUUUCUCAUCGAUUGGUUCAGUGUGGUGCCUGCCUGUAGUCCGGGAAGGAAAGUGAACGUUGAGAGCGCAACGAGUCGUUUUUGAUAAUUUUGCUACAAAACAAAAAACAAAGCAUAAUAUUGAGUGAAUUUUAAACAAACAAAAAGAGUGCAUUGGUGAGAUCAUCGAGCAUUUGUCUCGAUCAAAACUGUCAAGACUGUGUGUGCGCGCGAGAUAAACAACCCUUCUUCGUGCGCGCUCUAAACUAAGAAACAAACGCACACACUUACACACUGUAAAAGAGACCGUACAAUCCAAGUGUGCUGUGACUAAUUUGAUAAAUAAACACAGAACCACCACGCGGAGCCCUCAUUCCAACCGAACGACGGGGUGGUGGUUGCUGCUAAGAUAGCGAAAGCGCAACGGCACGAUGUCACUGCGCGCCAUACAGAAGCGAGACAGGGAGAAAUUAUCGUCCUCCCAGCGGCAGCAGCAGCAGCAGCAGCAACAGUUUAUCAGCCAGUAUGGUGUUGGUGCUGCAAUGUUGCCACCAAGCGGUGGCGGCGUGAUGACGACGACGACGACACUGACGGCCCUGAAGAUGACAGCUGCAGCCGGUGGCGGUGACGGUGACGGUGGUGGCGGCGGUACCGUGCCCUCGGUUCAAUCGAUUCUACAGCACCAGCGGGCAAAGCGCCAGAACCAGCACCAGCAACAGCAGCAACAGCCAACCCACACAUCGCCGCCCGCAUUGAGACGGUCCAGCUCGUAUCCGACACUGCUGUCCAGCAAACGCGCACGGAAGCAACAGCUGCGUCCGGCUCGAUCGGAAAGUGAUUUGCGUGUUCCAGGCAGUGUCGAUCGUACUGGUGGUGCUAAUACUGGUGGUGGUGAUGCUAGUGCCCUCCUGUCCGGAAGUGGGAACAGUUUCAGCACCAACAAUCUCUACCUCGGUGCCAAAUCGGAGGUGUGUUUGAAGACGCUCGCCGUCAAGAACACGGUAGUGCCAGCAGUAGGACUCCUCCGACCUGUCAGUAGUGGUGUGAUGCAGCAAUCGAUGCCGCCACUCGGGUCGGGUGGUAGUGUGCGGAGCGGCGGCACCGGAUCGAGCACCGGAUCACGCCGGCUGUACGAAAGCCGCCGGACGUCGGAGCUGAGCAGCAGCGAUCUUGGCCCGAGCAAGUCCGAGAUGCACCUGAAGGUGAACAGCGGCGCCGUGCGCAUUCCGAUCGUCGGCUACGAGGUGAUGGAGGAGCGGGCCCGCUUCACGAUAUUCAAACUGCGCAUCGAAAACAGCAUUUCGCACACCUGCUGGCUGGUGCUGCGCCGGUACACCGACUUUGUCCGGCUGAACAACAAGCUGAGGCAGCUCUACCCGCACUGUGGUCUGGUGCUGCCGCGGAAGAAAUGGUUCGGCGACAACUUUAGCAGCGGCUUCAUCGACAACCGGAUACAGGGGCUGCAGACGUUCAUCGACACGAUCCUGUCGGACGAUGGGAUGCGCACGUGCCAGGCGGUGCGGGACUUUUUCUGCCUGGACGAACCGCCCUCCUACUCGGAGAGUAUGGAAGAGUCGAGGGUUAUCUUUGAGGCGCAGGAGGAAACGAUAGCACAGCUCAAGCAGCAACUCCAAGCCAAAGAGGACAUGGUACAGGCGCUGCAAACGAAGCUCGCCACCGAGCUGAACCGCAAUGCGAUCUUAACGGACGUUGUGCGGAACAGUGUGGAAAAUUGUGCCAAAUGUUCAAAGACUGUCGAUCAGCUGAUGAAAGAGUCCGUCUACAAGUAGUGCGAGAGAGCGAGAGAUCAUCGUUUACCAUUACCAUCAUCACCCUUCAAUCCCUUCAACCUCCGUCCGCCGCGGACAUCUAUAGUUUUAGCUUGUAAGCGUUUACAGCCUGUAAGACUGCCGCCGCACGUUCUGUGGAUAUGCUCGAAAGUUCGAAACUUGUGUUGCAAUAAAACGAAAUUGGUAGUUAAAAUAAUCAAACUAUAAUCCCCAAAAAGCAAAUACACACAGUA